UGCCCAUGUUAGACCUGCCCUAUUGACGUCAGCGGAGGAGUUCUGUUGUAACCAGAACUUCCUCACAUUUUACCCUUUUUAUGUCUCAUUUUUUAUUUUGCCUCAUCACUAUACUGAAACGUUGGAGAAAUGAGGUGUAGCCUCAGUCUCACAUAUCUCUUUUUAUACAACUUGCUUCAGUUCUGUGGACAUACGUGGAUUUUUGCGAACAUGACAGUAAGAUUUCUCUCCUUUGGUGGUGAUGCUCAAGCUGGCACCUUCUAUUUUGUGGGGGUCAUGAUGGGCAUUUGCCAGCUUCUGUCAUUGUUAGAACUGUUUCACAUAGCAGAUGGGUUUGAGGAGUGCAGACUUUUCCCACGGUUUAUGCAGGUAAUGGAGAGAAAUUUCCUUCUGUUUCUCCUCAUCAGUCUAGAGGAGUUUCAGAGUAAACAAAUCGUAUGUGUGCAGUUUUAUCUGUGGAACAUACUGGGCCUUCUAAGGUAUCCACAUGAGUUAUUUUGCCUCAUAGGAACACCAUCUUUUAAUGUGUUGUGGGCACACCAUACACUGUCAGUCCCAGUGUACUUGUUGUCUGCUAUCACUGAAGGUACGAGCAUUUUACAUAUGUUGCCAUACUUUGAGUCUGAAGGAAUGUAUUCUUUCCAACUUAAAGUAGCUGCAUCAAUAUACAUUUAUUUCCCAUACAUGCUUAUGGGUUACUUACUUCUUCUCAUAUUAGGGUCCAGUUUAACAGUGCGAUUCUUGCUGAAGGAAAGGGAAGAGAAUUUAGAAAAGUGGAAUAAGAAGCUGAAAAAAGAAUGACUCAUGAGUACUUCAAUUCAAAGCAGGUCCACCCAUUCAUCAAUGCCAAAUAAUCUUAUCUUUUUUGAAGUAUUAUAGUGGGGGCUGAGUGCUGAACUUUUUUCCUGUGUCAAAACACAAUUAUAGAGUAUGUGUUUGUGUAAUGGCAGUGUUUUAAGAAUUCUUUAUAUAAUUUAUGCACUUACAAUCUUCUACAUGAUGGGUGCAUGUGAGCUUAUCUGAAAUAUUUGACAUUUAAUAAAGAAAUUGCAAGUCAUUUUACAUUUAUUUUACAUGCUUUAUUUUGAAAUAUUUUACAGAAAUGUAUUACAAAUUCUGUCAAUGUAUAAAAGUGCCAAAACUGCAAGCAUAAAAAAGUGAACAUUGAGAAACACUUCCAUAAAGGGAAAAAAAUGAAUAAAAAAUAACAUUCUAACAUUUAUUUUUCACUCUUACGGUUGAGUUUUUACUGUACAUUUAUUAAAAUAAAAUCUUUUACAAGAGUGUUAUUAAAA